AUGUCCUUGCCCUUGCUAGGACGCAUGGUAGCAGGCUUUGGAGAAGGGUAUGUGUCAGCUAUUUGGGCAGAAUUAGCCAGAAUCACAACUGGAGAAGAACGUACUCGGUACUUUGUAUUACUUAAAGUAAGCUUCGUUUUGGGACUUGCCUUAGGACCAGCACUAAAUAUCUUUCUAAAAGAGUUUGAUUUCUACAUCGGUAACUGGCACAUUGAUUUCCGCACAUCGCCGGGAUUUUUCAUGUCUCUUAUGUGGAUACUUGUCACUGGUAUCAUGUAUGUGUUUGUCUAUGAUCUCUCAGACGAGAUGAGAAAAGAGGAAGGGUAUGAACCAGUUUCAGACGGUCUAAGUGAAGAACAGUUUUCGAAAAAAGAGCAACUCCGAGAAGCGUAUAACAUGGAAAGCCCAGGGGACAAUCACGAUGAUAUCACAACAUCUCCGUUCAUAAAUGACGACGUCACCGAAACCGAGGAAAUAGAAAAAGAUGACAACAGUGUAAUCCCCGACGACGCAAGGAAAUCCAGCAGCGUUUCGUUCCAAGAUACUGUAAUAGAUAUGUUUGCCAAAUUACACGUGGUUGCAGUGGUAUACUCAAUAUUUUUCAUUUUUAUCCUCCAUUCAUCUCUUCAGGCCAUCAUCCCUCUGGUUGCUGAGCGCAUGUUACACUGGAGUGAAAACAACGUCAGUUUUCUGUUUACCAUGUGGGGUGUAGAAAAUGUCAUUCUUGCAAUUAUUCUCUUCAUUUUGUCACGGAAAGUUCCAGAUCGACUCCUCCUGUUGAUUUCAGCUAUAUUUGGUAGCCUUGCAUCUGUUGGUGUUAUUCUGCUUGCAUCCUCUUCCCCGAUGUCUAGCGGAGCUUAUUAUAGCUCGUUACUAACAGUUGCCUUGGAUGGCAUAGCAAUGACGGUUAUUAAUGCAGUUGGUCGUUCUUCAGUUUCGAAGCACACUAAUCCAGACAAUCAAGGCCUGGUGCAAGCCAUACUGAGUGUAUUGAGUAGACUGGCUUUACUAACAGGGAGCUUAAUUGGUAGCAGUCUAUUUACACAUCAAAUAUUUUUAGCAAUUAUUCUAUCAGGAUCACAGAUCCUUGAGUUGAUCUUGGUUAUUCUUGCUUUUAACAAACUCAAAGUCAAUCCAAGUAAAGCUUAA